AUGGGCCAACUCCCCGCCUCGCGUACCGAACUAGAGUUUCCCUUUCUUCAUUGCAACGUCGACUACGCCGGGCCAGUGUUGAUAGCAGACCGUAAGGGCAGAGGUUGUAAACUUAUUAAAUCUUUUUUGGCAAUCUUUAUUUGCAGUUCGGUAAAGGCCUGUCAUAUUGAGCUCGUUACGGCACUAUCCAGCGAAGCAUAUAUUGCCGCUUUAAAUCGCUUUGUGUCCCGUCGCGGAAAGCCCAAGAGCAUCACGUCAGAUAACGGUUCGAAUUUUAUCGGUGCAAGCAACGAGCUGGCUCAAUUUCUUCUUCAAUCGGAACUUGAAGGUCAAAUGGCUCAAGAAGGCAUCGAAUUUAAAUUUAUUCCCGCUUAUACCCCUCACUUUAAUGGCUUAGCUGAAGCAGCAGUACGCUCUACAAAACACCAUCUUAAGCGUUUAUUACAAAACACUCAUUUAACUUAUGAGGAAAUGGCUACAUGCCUCACUCAAAUAGAGGCUGUUUUGAAUUCUCGGCCCCUCACCCCUAUUUCCACUGAUCCCUCAGAUUUCUCCGCAUUGACUCCUGUCAACUUUUUGAUUGGACGCUCACUAAUUGCUAUCCCUCAACCACAGAUAGGUGAUGCGAAUAUAACCCGCCUUGAUCGAUUCAAGAGAAUCGAGCUUAUAAAGCAGCACUUUUGGAGCCGAUUUUCACUAGAGUAUGUCAAUCUGCUCCAGCAAAAGGUAAAAUGGCGGUCGUCGACCAAGGAGCUGAAAUUGGGAUCUCUUGUUCUUGUCAAGGAAAGAGCUCUCCCACCAUUGAUGUGGUCCUUAGGACGAGUCAAGCAGCUCUAUCCUGGCAGCGACGGCGUUUCCAGAGUCGCCGAGUUGAAGACAAGGAGAGGCACAAUUCGAAGAGCCUUUAAUAACAUCUGUCCCCUUCCAGAUUUUUGA